AGAACAGUUCAACGCGAUCAACAACAUUCACCAGGACAACGUUGAACAUCAUAUUCCCCUACUAUUCCCCUCCCGCACAGACUGUCUUUCGUUUCUCAUGUUUUGAUUGUACUCGUAUAGAUCGUCCUUUCAGGCUAAUAUUUUGUUAAUCACCUACAGUAUGCAAACACAAGACCAACGACGUUCACCAAAACGCCAGGACACUUUCGACCUCCGUGACCAAAUCAUGGCAGACGACCAUACAGCAUCUUCCCAUAUGCACGCUCAUGCAGAUGCAACCAAUACCUAUGCAGGCGCCUCUGACGAGGAGCAUUCCGUUCUAGAGGAUGACUCGGAUGGUGAAGACCGCGAAAUAGAGUACAUGGACGAAGACGACGACCGUUCGUCUUCACUUUCUAUUCCAAAUGAAUCUAUCGACUUUGAUUUGGUCUACUCGCUGCACAGCUUCGCAGCUACCGUAGAAGGUCAAGCCAGCGUCGUCAAGGGCGAUAGCUUGUUCCUUAUGGACGACAGUAAUAGUUAUUGGUGGCUUGUUCGUGUGCUUAAGACCCAGGAUGUCGGAUAUAUUCCCGCAGAGAAUAUUGAAACGCCUUUUGAGCGUCUGGCCAGGUUGAACAAGCACAGGAACGUAGAUCUAGCACACCCGACUCCACAAGAAGUCCAAGAAGAUGUCGAACGUGUGCGGAACAACCUAUCUUCUCGCGCUGGCUCGCACCACUCCCCCUCCCCUACCCCUGGUUUCCCGGCCACAGGCGCUGGACAGGGCAAAGGUGUCACAUUCACAACUGCACGAUCUGUGCACCGCUAUCCCCCUGCUGUAUGGCAUGAGGAAGAUGAAGACGAAGACGACGUAGAGUGGGAUGACGGCGCGUAUGAGGAAGAAGACCCAGACCUUGCGGAAGAAAUGCUUGUUCGGCAACGCCAAGGUCAGAUGGGCCGUGAUGAGCAGCAGGAUGCUAUGAGCAUGCAGAUGGAGCCGGACGACGGAAUGAGCUGGGAUGAUGGCGUUGCAGAAGACAUGCAGGCACAAAAUGCGCAGAAGAAGAUGGAGCAACAGAUGCUGAUGCGGCCGGAUGCUUUGCGGCCUGGUGGCACACCCGAGAAACAACAGGCGCAGAUCCAGGUGCAACGGCUGCAGCCAGAGAUCCUAAUAACCGAGCAGGAUGAGCGGCAGGCGCUUGCUCAACAAGCUUUACGCCAUCAAACUUCACGCGAUCGUAUCAUCGUUGAAGUCCGCCCGCCUUCGCCGUUGUCUCCUAGUAAGAGCAUCGAUCCCGCAGAGGCAACCGAGACGAGGAAACUCUCCGUAACACCUUCAAUUGCUCGUGACGACCCAGUCAAGCAAGCCCCAGCAUUAAGCGGUCCCCUUCUCCCGAGCGCAAUCAUGCAGAAGCAGGAGGAUGAGCGGCAACGCACUCGCGAGGAAAUAGAAGUUCUCGAAGAAGCGUCGAAAAAGAAGCUCAAGAAUAAAGACAAGCCACUUCAGCCAGUCUCGAAUACCCCAGUCCAGAAGCCUGCACAGGUGGCUGGUAAGCUUCGCAAAGAGCGCGACGCCACGGAUGAGGAAGCGAAGGAGAAAAAGGAGAAAAAGAAAGGAGGCGUACUCGGAUUCUUUGGCCGCAGGAAGGAUAAAGGGAAGGACAAGAACUCCAUCGAAACCGCCUCCAAUGAAUCCCGCGGAUCUCAAGAAUCAGGACGGUCAUCCAGCAACCUUCACGGACCCACACCUGAACCGCCAAUGUCUCCUGUCACUGCAUCAGCCAUGCAGCAACAACAGCAAGUUCUUCGCACGUCAAACGAAUCGAGGACGCCGACGAGACUUCAGCCACAGCAGACCCCUCAGACGCCGCCACAAGUGCAGGCCCAGGUAUCACAGCAUGCGUCACAGCUACGCCAGCGCGAUCAGCAACAACAGGCACUGUAUCAGCAAUAUCUCAAUCGCUCGCCGUCAUCACCACCGGAAGCGCCUUCAUACGGCUUACAAUCGGCUUCCGCUGUGUUGUCAAGUUCGAGUUCGUAUAAUACCUCUGCUAGCUCUGCCGCUGGGCUUGGGCUGGGCUUGCCCUCCUCUAGACCAAGACCCGGCUCCCUCGUGCUUUCGCCAACAGCUGACGGACAAGGCGUCGGCGUACCCGAACUCAGCGUCAUUCGUGUGUUUGCAGGCAAACACUUGCAGACCGAGGCAACGUUCAAGACCGUUCUUCUCAACGCAUCUACUACUUCAGCCGACCUCGUCCGUCAAGCUAUCCAACGCUUCCGUCUCCCCGCUGGCGAAGACGAAGCAGACUACUAUCUCACUAUCAAACAAGUCGAGGGUUCAUCUGCGGUUCUGCUUCCAGAAGAAAAGCCCCUCGGAGUCUUCGAGUCGGUCGUAGAAGCAGCUAUGGAAUUACCAAAAGUCAAGCGGAGCAGCGUGGGCAGUAUCAGCUCCGUCUCAAGCAACCUCUCCAUGCAUCCCGCCAUAAAGAAGUUAUCCAUGAACGACUUCAGCGAUGACUCCGUUGUCAAGUUCUACCUCAAUAGACAUCGUGAGGAUGCGGAUGACAGCGUCACGACAGAGGAAGGUGACGAGACGCUGCAGGCUGAGCCUUCUCAUGAUGUCGCAGAGGGUCUUAACACCUCGGCGAGCAGUGUCAAUGUCACUCCUGAUCGGUUCAGCUCUCCCACGUACCGCUUCACGUUGCAGCUUGUCAUCCACCCCGAGGACUUGCCCGAUGAUAUGGUCUUCGACCCAGUCACGGAAGCUAUCGUAUUUAAGAAUACGCUGCGCGACAGGACUCAAUCUACAUCCUCGAUUUCUUCUGGUGUAUCACAGAAUCAGCGCCGCAAAGUCUUUACCUUCCCGAAGAAUGUCACUGUUGCUGAAGUGAUUGAGCUUGGUCUUGAGCGUUUCGGCAUAUUGGAGGGUGUUGUUGAUGGUGGUGAUGAAGUUGAAGACAAGAACACGAAGCGGCGGAGUAUCAGCAAAGUCCGAUAUGGCCUCAUGGCCGAUGCUGGAGGGCAAGAACGAGAACUUUCGCCUUCAAGUAGAGUCACUGAAGCAUACCCUCGCCCUCCCACUUUCCGCCGAGUUCAAGAAGGCAAACGCAGAUCCAUCGAUUCUGCUCAGCUGCUUGGAAGCCUAGAUGACGUCCAUCCCGACGAUCCCGUCUUCAUCCUCCGCCGCGCAAUUUCCUACCGAACCUCAUCGUCUCGUCACCGCAUGUCCGCACCCCUCGAUGAAAUCGCUCUCCAACACUUCCGCGAUUCGAUAUCUGGCUCUAGUCUCAGCUCUGACAAUCAGAGUUCAGCCACCGAGGAAGUUAAACCGAGACAGCUGUCAAGACAAGAGAUCAUCGCAGCGCAGCGUGCCGCAUCGCGAGCGAGUCAAAAAGCCAUUCUUUCAGCCCAGAUGAACUCCGUUCGCGGUGUAGAUGUUCUUCUGCCCGGAAACGCCAUGAUCCGCAGCUCCAGGUACGACUCUGGAGACAAAACGCGUUAUUCAUACGUCCUAGACGGCGAGUCAUUUGAUAUCAGCGACAUCGUCGAGCAAGAGUUGUGCGAAGGCAACUCGGCGCAAAAGAGCGAUUUGCUAGAAGGCGUCCUAGGGCGCAAUAAGGAAGGCAUGAACGAGAAGAUUGAUCGCGUGUUGAACAAAAUCAAAGAUGGACGACUUCAUGCUCAAUACCUCAUCGCGGCUGCUCCGAGUCAGUCUGAUAGUGUUCCUUCCGCUGGCUCUGCCCCCUCAGAGUAUUCCGUCGAUGACGCUGUAACCGCCCGUUCUGGUUCCGAUGGCAGGACUCCCACACCGCUUGCGGGUGGUGUCACUGGGACUCGACGCGUUGCGUCACCAGUCUCGGACACGUCUCGGACACCAACACCUACUGCUGCAGAUGGCCGAUACGGCCGUGCUCGAUCCACUACCCCAGCAUCGAAAACAGGGUCGAGCACUCCACGCUCUCUUCGUCAAUCAUCAAUCGCUUCUGUCAUGUCAGAAGUGUCGAUGUAUGCCACUCCCACCGGACAGCUCAUCAGCCCCCCCGAAACACCACGUAUCGAAACCGCCCCGAAACCGCAAAUCGUUAAACGACCGUAUAUUCCCAAAGAUGACUUUGGCGUCUCGCAUAUGAUGGCGAUCAUUGAAAUCGCUGGUUCAGCCCCCAAGGCUCCUCAAACCUCUGUACAUCCAGUGGAUGAGUUGCUGUUUGGGAAACCCGUAGAUGUGAUGUCUCUACACCCGGAUAUUCAAGAGAUAUACGCUGGUGCUUUCCAACAGCUGGAUGAGAUGGACAAGACAUUAGAUGAAUACCUUCAACAUGCCAUUAGCGCUCGUUAAUUAUCAAUCCAAUUCGUUGGCCGUUGACGUAUAUAUUCGUGAUUCAAAUAUUUAUAAUCUAUUCUGUUCCAU